CUUUUUUAGUGAGUUUGGCUCUGUGUCCUGGAGGAUUCUAUGUGCACAAACCAUUAGGUCACCCAGCUAGCAACAUGGGAUACGUGACUUAUCAUCAUAAGUGUAAAUCAGACUCCUGUGGACCACUUGCGCAGUGUAACACUGAUGGAGGCUGCACUUGUGUUUCUGGGUAUGAAAUCCCUCCAAAACACCUACCCACAGCAGACUCAUAUGGUUGUAUUGACAUAGAUGAGUGUCAGAAGUCUGGAGGACUUUGCGGUUCUUACUCCAGUUGUACCAACACAAAUGGAUCAUACAUCUGUUCCUGUCUGGUUGGAUACAAUGCAACAAAUCCAGCAUUACCGCCUGGAAAUUCCAACCAAUGUACAGAUAUUGAUGAGUGCAUUGACGAUGUCUGUGGUAAUCAUGCAACCUGUCACAACAACAAAGGAAGUUAUACGUGUGAAUGCCAUGAAGGCUACCACCUUGUACCUGAUGUAACCUCUGUUUGCCAAGAUAUCGAUGAGUGUUUCAACUCAACUGUCUGUGGUCCUGAUUCUGUCUGCACCAAUACACCUGGAGUGUAUAGCUGUGCAUGUCAACUGGGUUUCACACCAACUGUACCAGCCAAAGACCCCAGCGAGACCAACAUCUGUAUUGAUGUUGAUGAGUGUGUUGAAGAUGCUACCAUUUGUGGACCUAAUGCCAACUGCACAAAUUCAUUCGGCUCUUACAUCUGUACCUGCUUCCUCGGUUUUCAGUUGAACAACCCACAUGUGAUAGCCAGCCUUGCUAACCCAUGCACAGAUAUAGACGAGUGCAGCGAAACACCGGGUUUAUGUGGUAAAAUGACUGUGUGUACUAAUGUACCGGGGACCUUCUAUUGCUCUUGUCCUGAUGGAUUUUACCCUUCAACUGGAAUCUUGUGGAAGAUGGGUGUCUCAUUUUGUCAAAGUGUUCAAGAUAUUCUAGAUGCAAUAGUACCCACAGAGGGUCAGACAAAAGAGAGAGCGUUCCUUGACAAUAUGGAUCAACAACUUAAGAACAACACAGGUGUUGUCUUACCAGAAGCAACGGUGACCAACAGCUUUUCUGCAUCUAUGCAAGUGUCUGGUGCUGGACCAAUAGCCAAGUCAAUCAGAGUUAGUAGUAAAGGAGACGGGGAGACUGGCAGUGUGAUCCUGGGCAUCUCAGACCGUCUAGUUUCUGCAAUGGUGUCACCAACUCAGAACCAAACCACAAAAGCAAUGCAGACUUCAAUAGUGGAUUUGAGUCUACAUGCCAUUGGUCCAGGGAGUCAUGAUGACAUCAGUGUCGCCCUGUCUGCCAAAGGACAGACCAUGGAUAUCAACUUGCAGUCUCUGGCCAAGAACAACAAUGGUUCUGCAGCUGCUGCCUUUAUGAUACUAAAUGGGAUGGAGAGUCUUCUUAGUCAUCAAUACUUUAAAACAGAAAACAAGACAGAGAUGUACUCUGAUGUUUUCACUGUAAUAUUACCCUCAAUACACAACACCAACCUCACCGAGCCUGUCAACUUCACCAUCCAACACAAGAAGAAAGUUCCUGAAUCUGGAAUAGUGACUUGUGUGUACUGGGAAGACAAAUGCGAGAACAAUGGAGAGGCAGGAAAAGAGGGAGAGGCAAUGCGUUGGUCAGUAGAGGGCUGUUGGGUUGCAUACUCUGAUGAAAACUACACAGUGUGCAGCUGCUCUCACCUUUCUACCUUUGCCCUCAUCAUGCAGAUCGGGGAGCCUCCACCAGAGGAACCUUUCUUGGAAUGGCUAAACCGAAUGUGUGUGAUUGUCGGACUUUUCUUCUUUGCUUUGGCCAUCCUCACCUUCCUCCUUUGUAGCUGGAACGCCAAGAUCAACAACACAGCCCGUCUUCACCUCUGCCUCAGCCUCUCCUUGUCCCAUCUGCUGCUGCUGUGGAGUGACAGAUAUGUUGAACAUGAGCUGGCCUGCACUGUCAUGGCAGGACUUCUCCACUUCUUACUUAUUGCAAGUUUUGUGUGGAUGCAGCUGGAGGCUGUACAGCUUUAUCUGCUGGUCCGAAGGCUCUCCAAGGUGCAGGUCAUCCAGAGAGAUGGUCUCCCCAAACCGCUUCUCUAUCUGAUUGGCUACGGUGUUCCAUUUGUGAUUGUGGGUAUUUCUGCAUUGGUGUACUCUGAUGGAUAUGGUGCCACUGAGGCAGGGGUGUGCUUGCUUUCGAGACGUCGCAAUUUCAAUUGGGCUUUAACAGGCCCUGUGAUUGUUGUCAUUGGACUUAAUUGGAUGGUAUUCUGUGCAACAUUAUGGAGUCUGAGACCCACUUUGGCCAAUAUGAAAAGUGAUAUUUCUCAAUCCAAAGACACCAGGUUGAUUGUGUUCAAAAUCCUGGCCCAGUUUGUCAUACUGGGUUGUACCUGGAUUAUAGGCCUGUACAAGACGAACCUUUUCUUCCACGUCCUCUUCAUUCUCAUGAAUUCCCAGCAGGGAACCUUCCUUUUCAUCGUACACUGUCUGCUCAACAAAGAGGUGCGAGAGGAGUACAAAAGAUGGCUGACAUGCUCUUGUGGAAAGGACAGCGCUGUGGUGGUGGAGAAAGAUGCGCCAUCAGUCUCUGAGGACUUGGACAAGCCUGAGGAACAAACGGAUCAGGGGAGAAAGGAUGAUGAGUAAUCAUGAUGAAGUGAACAGAGAACAAGGGAGAAGAGAGACAGAACAGAGACAAAAUCAUCUACUUCAAUCUAUGAUUUAUGUUCAUAAAUUCCAGUUACAUGAAUGCAAAAGGUGACCUGUAUUUCAAAUAUAAAUGUCUACACGUAAGAUGUAUCAUUAUAUCUCUCUUAUUGCUAUAGUUGGCCAAAGACUUGUAACGUUAUAAACUAAAAUGUUUUAAAUUAACUAGUAGUCAAGUUUAUUUAGGUUAUACUUGUAAUAUAAUACAAUUCAUGUUGUAUUAAUGCCAUUAAUUCAUAUUAUUUUGCUGAAUACAUUUGAGAUACAGCUGAUGUAGCUGUAGCAUUUCACAAGUUAGAAACUCUUACUAGUGUAUUUGAAAGCUUUUAAAAAUCUGGUGGUUUCUCAUAAUCUCUACACUGUCCUUGUAACCUUCAGUAAAUUACUGAUUAAUAACGGAUUAAUGUAGCACACAUCAGGGCUUACACAAGACAUUAACAGUUCAAAACUAUUUUUUUACACAGUAUCAUCCGGAAUAUUUAUACAACGAGGCCCAUAAUAUUAGAAGUCUUCACAGUGUUAUGAAACACAAGGAAGACUUGUGGAAAUUGUCACCAUUUUACCAUCUAAUUCAUUUGUUUGGGUGUGGGAGCUUCUACAAACAUGUCACUGUUCACAUCCUCAGUCAGUCACUGUCUAAAACAACAAACUUACCACAAGGUAAAACAUUCAUGUCAAGUUGUUUCUUCUAUCUUUCCAUUUGUAUUCUAUUUACAUGAGAGUUAGGGCACUUGAAGGUGUGUCUAACUUUACAAGACAAAUUUUAAGGAUGGGGAAACGUCAAGCAUACUUUCUCUCAUUUACAUUGUGUGUAUUUAUGCUAUGUUUUCCUCAAACAAUAAUUCAGAGAAACAAACAGGGGGCACAAAAGUGUAUAAAACUUGAAUUGGUGGCAGAAAAAAAACAGCCAGGAGUCUCUAUGUACUUCAAAGAGGUUGUUUUCAGACAUGAAUGCAAUGUACUGUAUGAAAUGUUAGAUGUUAUAUCUGCAUCACUCCUCAUUCCCUUCCUGUAAUGUGGGGUUAUUUAUCAUCUUUACAAGACAACACUGAUGUGCACUCCACUCCUGACAGAGUCACUUUCCUUUUUAGCAUCAUUUUGUCCUUGGAAUCAUAGAUCUGUUUACUUUAAGAGUUUAUUUUUACAGGGAUGAUGCACAUUUCUCUAUAUCACUGUGGCAGUAUUGGCAAAUUGAAAAGUUUUUCUCUGGAAUUUCUAUUGCUGACAUCUGCAUUUCUGUUGUUCUUUGCCUGUUCUCAUAAAUUAUUAAAAAAAAAGAUAGAUAUCUCUGCUCAUGGUAUUGUUUGCACCAGAGGUUAAGAACAGCAAAUGUAAUAUUAUUGAUGGAAUCGUGGUGGGAUUAGACAAUAUGUAAAAAGUCAAAACAGAAUUUGAUCUGAGUGAAAAAAUGUAUUGAUUAUUUAAGUGGGAUUACCAACUGCACAUCAGAAAUGUGGAACAACACAAAUAAAUGUGCAUCAUUGUUUAUUCUUAGAAUUGUAACGUCAUAUUUCAAUUUGUCUGUAAAGUGUGUUUAUAUUUCAGAUACAGACAACACUUUUUUGCAGUGCUUAAGCUUGCAUGAUCUGAAGCUGUUGCAAUGCAUAGGUCUGCUUCAAGGCUGCAGCGUGUAAUCACAUACAAUGCCACAGAUAGGAAGCAGUGUGAUUUUUUAAAGAUAAUUCAAAUAAUAUUGGGUUAAGUGUGAAAUCCAGUGUUUCCUUUUGACCUGUACCCUUAUGUCCCUCUGAAAUUCUUAUGUCUUUGUGAUGGUAAAAAUGUAUUAUAAUUUGUAGCCAUGCUAGUUGUGGUACAGAGUGAUUUUUUUGCAGUAAUGAUGAUAAAGAGGAAAUGUCUAAGAAGGGUGGAGAAGAUAUUUCAUCAGGACAGUUGCUGCAUCCUCAUUAUCUAUUAUAAGUUCUUGUACAAUUUCAGGAUGGCCUGUGGCACAGUUGACAAAAUAGAGGAGUAACCAUGGGAAAUAGCUGGUGGCUGAAAAGCCUGUAUGACACUUCUCAGUCUUACCCACUUUAGAAGAUAACGAGGACUGACCAAUUAUCAAAUAGAACUACAGUGGAGUGGCUGAGGUCGCAGAUUACAGAAGCUGCUGAAAUCCCCUGUGGAAAUUUGAGCAAAGAGAGGAAAUAAUAAUGUCCUCUCUUCUCUUCCACUGCUUCAUCAACUGCAACUUGGCCUUAAUCCACACGCUUAACCACACUUGGCUAUGCACAAGUCCACUUUUGAGUGGAGUAGAUAUAAAAGCAACCCUGUCUCCUCAAAAUUAAAUUCCCACACAACUAAACAGCAUUCUCAAAUAUGUUUCGACAGAAACGUAUUUUGUCCUGGAUUACAUUUCUUUGUGAUGAUUUACAAAUAUGUUUCUAAUCAUCAUAUCUUUACUUUCUUUGACCACUUGCAGAGAUGUUAUUAAUUCAAACAAUCAUUCUCUAGUCUUAUUACUAUUAUUAAAGUAUUAUUAUUAUUAUUAUU